AGGGGCGGGACUUCCGGCGCGAGGCGGAAGCGGCGCCCGCGGCGGCGACCUAGAUGGUGGGGGGACUGCGCGCGGAUGCAGGCGGCGCGGCACGUCGUGUGCGCCCUUUCGGGCGGCGUGGACAGCGCCGUGGCUGCGCUGCUGCUGAGGCGGAGAGGUUACCAGGUGACAGGGGUGUUCAUGAAGAACUGGGACGCACUGGACGAGCAUGGCGUGUGCGCUGCCGACAGAGACUGCGAGGACGCUUACAGAGUGUGCCAAGUCCUCGACAUUCCUUUCCAUCAGGUGUCCUACGUCAAGGAGUACUGGAACGACGUGUUCAGCGACUUUCUGAGCGAGUAUGAGAAAGGCAGGACUCCCAACCCGGACAUAGUCUGCAAUAAGCACAUCAAGUUCAGCUGCUUCCUCCGUCACGCCAUGGGCAGCCUCGGUGCAGACGCCGUUGCCACGGGCCACUACGCGAGGACCUCACUGGAAGACGAAGAGGUCUUCCAGCAGAAGCACGUGAAGAGGCCGGAGGGGCUUUUCCAAAAUCGAUUCGAAGUUAGAAAUCCGGUAAAACUUCUCCAAGCAGCUGACAGCUUUAAAGACCAGACCUUCUUUCUCAGCCAGGUUUCCCAGGAGGCCCUGCGAAGAACCAUCUUCCCUCUGGGGGGAUUAACGAAAGGUUUCGUAAAGAAAAUAGCUGCUGAGAACGGACUCCAGCACGUGCUUCAGAAGAAGGAGAGCAUGGGCAUUUGUUUCAUUGGUAAAAGAAAUUUUGAGCAUUUCAUCCUGCAGUAUUUGCAGCCUCGGCCCGGGAGGUUUAUUUCCAUCGAGGACAAUACUGUUCUGGGAACACACCAAGAUCAGCGGCAUCCACGUGGAGCUGUCACCUGGCUUCAUAGAGAACCUCCCACAGGUUGGUUCCUGUACACCCUGGGCCAGAGGGCAAAGAUCAGCGGCCUCAGGGAGCCCUGGUUUGUGGUGGACAAGGACAGCACCAAAGGCGACGUGCUUGUGGCCCCCCGAACCGACCACCCAGCCCUGUACAGGGACCUGCUGCGGACCAACCGUGUACACUGGAUCGCAGAGGAGCCGCCUGCCAUCCUGGUGCGCGACAAGAUGAUGGAGUGCCACUUCCGCUUCCGCCACCAGAUGGCGCUAGGGCCCUCUCUCUGCCCACCCAGUACCCUGUGUGCUGACCCUCAAUCAAGACGGUACCGUGUGGGUGACAGCUGUGAAGGCCGUGCGGGGCCUCACCCUGGGGCAGUUCGCCGUGUUCUACAAAGGGGACGAGUGCCUGGGCAGUGGGAAAAUCCUGCGCUUGGGGCCGUCAGCCUACACGCUCCAGAAGGGUAGGAGCAGAGCCACAGCAGCCCCCAAGGGCUCUGGGGACAACCCAGGUGACAGCCCAGACCUGAGUCCCACACCCUGAUGGACGCAGCUGCUAGGAGAAGCCUGCAGAGCCAGCUUAGGACUGGGCACCCCAGGCAGUCCGUGAUGCUGGGCUUGGUGCCACCUGAGCCAGAGCAGCCAGUGGGUCUAGUGCCACCCUACAAAGGGCCCUGCCUUCUCCACAUUGGGUGGCCCUGUCCCCAGGACCUGUUCGCAGAGUCCCUCUCUCAUACCCACCCCAGGGAAGGUCCCCUGAGUAAGGAUACCACCGGCCACAAGGAGGCCUUGUGGGCCAUGUGACAGCGUUAAAUAAAAAUUCCUCUGGGACAA